AUGAACAGCGCCAGCCCCCGCCACCCAAAGAGGUGCACCAGUCUUCAUCAACCGAAGAGGUGCGCCAGUCCCCAAUUCCCCGAAAAGGUCCUUCCCAUCAUCGCUAACGGACGUCAGCACGAGCAACCGUUGGAGCCUGCCCCUAGGCGAUCAAAUAGAUUCAAAUCCAAGCAGCCGCAACAACCUCCGACUUCUCCCCCGGUCGUCUCGCAGGAACCUGCGCUUCUCGACGAGGCGAUACUUGAAGAGUUCGACCGAUAUGUCCGUCGUGCAUGGAAUCCCACGCCGAUUUCGACAGACGAGCGUCUCGAGCGAUGGAGCGAUCGUCGACUCCAAGAGCUCUUGAGGCUUAAGCUGCCAGAGCCUCUUUCUUUGGAAGUGGCAUCCGAAAGAUACUUCGAUCUGGUGCGCAUCGUAGCAAGAGGGGCACCAGAGGCGGACCUCAAGGAUGCGCUGUUCAGUGACAGCAGGAGACCGAAAGCCUUUGUGCGCGUCGAUUCGUCGAGACGAUUGAGGGGUGAAGUUGGGAUUACACACAGUCUCGCCGGCAAUCUAUUACAUCAGCACUCUCCGUACUCGCUUGAAAGGGAACCCACUCGGUCUGCUGUGGCGGAUGCGCUCUACUCAGCGACCAAAAAGUUCAAAAAGGAUGGAGAGAUUGCUCCAGCCUUGGAAUACAUUGCAGACAAAAUCACCAACGACCCUGAGACCAAAUCACCGCAACAGAGGGAGUCGAAGAAGAGUCGCGCCAGCCAGUUGGCGGACGCUGCGGACGGGGGCGCAGCGCAGUCAUCAAAAGCGCCAACCUCAAAAGCCUCGUCUACGACGGAUGUGGUCGAGACCGACUUCUCAUAUGCGUUUCUCUGGAGCCCCCAAAACCCCUUUCGAGUCUUGAAAAGGGAGCACUCAGAUUAUCAUACGGUGUUUAUGGUGGUGGAGAUGAAGCAACUCCCGGUUGGUCCCGACAUGUGGAUCAAAGUAUCGCCAGGGCAGGCGAAGCAGCAAUAUCAGCAGGGGCUAUCACAGGUGAUCAAGUACCUCUACCGUGCUUGGGAGAAGUUUGGAACCAGGAUCGGUCUCUUCGUUUGCGGUCCGUUCUUUGCCAGACUGCUCGUCACCGACGACAAGGGCAACAUUGCCGUGGAGUGCAAACCUUGCCCAAACGUCGGGCAAGAGUAUUCCUCCCCGGGUUCUUUCUUCGAGGAGUUUGACUACCUCAGUCUACCUCACUCGCUGCUCCUUCCCUUCAAUCCACAGCUUGCCGAACAGCUGGGUGUUGGUGCCCCGUUUCCUUUGCUCAACUUGGAAGGCUUGCAAAAAUUCGAAGAAUUGAGCACCCGCGUCUUUGAAUCUGCUCUUGACAUGAAAGUCGCUGCGGCCCUUGGCAAGCGGUACGAUCCCUCUCCCACUUCUACUUCAGCCCAAGGCCAAGACUCCGGCUUUCCGACUCUCUGCGACCUUUCGCCACAAAGUGAUGCUGCCAUUGUGAAGGCUGGUCCUCGCUCUCCUAUUCAUUGGUACAUCAGUGCCCGACGAGACGCCAAGGACAGGGUCGAUGAGCACGACGUCAAAAUAUUUCUUGAAGCUUUCAAAGCGCAUGUUCUAUCGUCAUCCUCGCCGCCUAAAGAUUCUGGCAGUCACAAUCCUGACGACGGAGAGGGAGAUAAUCGGGGGCGCGAGGGUGACAAAGAUGAGGGUCACAAGGACAGUCAUCACGGGCGCAGUGGGGAAUAUGGGGGAUAUCGGGGCGGCGGCGGCGGUGGUGGUGGUCAAGGCGGGGAAAAGGCUACGGGGGCCAAGUCCGGAGGGCCGCAAGCGAAGGAAGAGGAGUUUCAAGAGAACUUUGAAGACGAUGUGGAAGAGAAUGUGGAAGAGUACGACGGACAAGACUUUCUAGACAAGGUCAAAUCCUGGGCACCUCACUCUGCCGACCCGGCAUUCGCCUUAGACCCGGCCCCUCGUCUACCUCCGACGUCCCGACCGCCAUCGACAUCUGGCUCAAGCACGUCUAACGACAGUGACGAGGAUGACGAGGAAUCCUGGGCGGAUUACGUAGAUACCGAAAGCCUGCCCCCCUCCAUUACCAUCAAAGCCGUCUUGUCGUCCACUAUGGACCAGCUAAUCGACGACGCUCUCAAGGAACAAGGUCUCCUUUCCGGGUGCACCGCGGGUGCCUCUGAACGUCCUUCGCCCACGAGGACAGCUCGUACCGAUGGUUCGGGCUCUACACCCGGUACAGCCUCCACACUCGUGGGCGCAAGCCCUUGCUCUGAGAGCGGCCCUCCGAAGGCUCGCUGA